UGAAAGUUAAGUUUAUUAAUAAUGGCAGCGGAAGUGGCGCAACUGCUACUGGCAGUUAUACAAGGAAUCCCGAGUGGAGCCACUAAUGAUGAUCUCAACAAGGCUCUAAAUGAUAUGCCCGCUUCAACGCGUGUUGAGGGUCUGAAUAUAUUACUGCAACAAGGCGGCAUUGAGGUUCUUAAGAAAGGAGAGAAACUUAUAUAUCGUGCAAAGGAUCCACAGAAAAAGAGUGCGCUUCCCAAGGAUGCCGACAAUGAGGAGAAAAUUGUUUAUAGCAUUAUUGAGGAAGGUGGAAACAAAGGCAUCUGGAUUCGUGAUAUACGCAUGAAGUCUAAUUUGAAUAUGACACAGCUGAACAAAAUCUUAAAAAACUUAGAGACCAAAAAACUAAUUAAAGCUGUGAAAUCGGUGAAUGCCAGCAAGAAAAAGGUUUACAUGCUGUACAAUUUGGAGGCUGAUCGUUCUGUUACUGGCGGCGCUUGGUAUCAGGAUCAAGACUUUGAAGUCGAAUUUGUGGAUGUGCUUAAUCAACAAUGUCUACGUUUCUUGCAAAUGAAGCGUGAGACUGCGGAAAAGAAGCGUGAAGGGCCACUAGCUUUCAAACAAAUAUCCUGCUGCACCGUAAGAGAAGUGCACAAAUUUAUAUCCGAUUUGGGCAUAAGCAAAGUAAAUUUGGACGAGGAUGAUUUGGAAACAAUACUCAAAACUGUAGUAUAUGAUGGAAAUGCUGAACGGAUUUUACAAUCAGAUGGAACAUAUACUUAUCGUGCUGUGAAUCUGCCACUGCCGCCACCUGGCUUGGUGCAGAUGCCUUGUGGCAUAUGUCCUGUAAUUAAGAAUUGUUCCGAUUGCGGUGAUGUUACUGCUCUUAAGUGCCAAUACAUGAAAGAUUGGCUAGAAUAAAUACAAAUUUAUUAAU